UACCCAGUAGUUCCAGGGCACGAAAUUGUCGGUGUUGUUACAGAAAUUGGGAGCAAUGUUCAAAAGUUUAAAGUAGGAGACAAAGCGGGUGUUGGCUGCUUGGUUGGUUCUUGUCAUUCUUGUGAUGGUUGCGAAAAUAACCUUGAGAAUUACUGCUCAAAGAUGAUAUUAACAUACAAUUCAAUCGACAUAGAUGGGACAAUCACUUAUGGCGGGUAUUCAGAUUUGAUUGUUGUUAGGGAGCAUUUUGUGGUGAAGUUCCCUGAGAGCUUGGCGAUGGACAAGGGCGCGCCACUGUUGUGUGCAGGAAUAACAGUUUACAAUCCCAUGAAAACCUUCAGUCUCGAUGAGCCUGGAAAGCACCUUGGUGUUGUAGGCCUUGGAGGACUUGGCCAUGUUGCAGUCAAAUUUGGCAAGGCUUUUGGAAUGAAGGUCACUGUUAUAAGCACAUCUCUAAAUAAGAAAGAUGAAGCCAUUAAAACUUUGGGAGCUGAUGCGUUUAUAGUUAGCAGCGAUCCUCAGCAGAUUCAGGCUGCAAUGGGCACCAUGGAUGGUAUAAUAAAUACUGUGUCGGCAAAGCACGAUAUUGUGCCAUUGAUCUUUCUCUUGAAGACCCAGGGAAAAAUGAUCAUGGUUGGUGUGCCAGAUCGCCCACUGGAGUUACCCAUCUUC